AUGUUAUAAGAAAUUGAAUUAACUCUUGAUCAGAUUUUAAAUCAGAUUGAUAAACAUGACGAUGAGCUUGAUUUUUCAGAAGAGGGAGGACUUGUUCGUAUAGUGGCAUUUGAUUAAUUAAAACUGGAUUUGAGGAAGAAGAUUGGCAUAAUCAACUUGUCUAAAAAUCGAUUAAAAAUGAUCGAGGAAGUGAAUUAAUUUUAUAAUUUGAGAACAUUAGAUGCUAGCAACAAUAUUAUAGAAGAUGUUAAAUUAAAAACAUAGAGUUUGCAAAUGCUAAAUUUAUAGCAUAACAGAUUAAAACGAUUUCCUGAUUGUGGUCCCUUAUCUUAACUUAAAUAUAUUGAUAUAUCUCAUAACUCUAUUACAACAAUUCAAAAUAAUGACAUUAAAUAAUUCUCAAAAAACUUAGAAGUGCUAUUAAUCAAUGAUAACUUAAUUAAAUUUGCUCAUGGAUAUGAUAUUAAGAACAUUCUUGAGGAAUUAAAGCAAUUGAAAAUAUAGACUUUGAACAUUUUGAGAAAUCCAUUUCUAAAAAGACAACCUCUUAUUGAAACUGCAUUUGCUGUUACAUUAUCUGGAAUACUGAAAACUUUGAAUACCAAAUCUAUAGAUUUAUUUGUACCCGAUGCUAAUUUCAAUAUUGAAGAAGUAUUAGGAGAUGUAGAGUUUAUUGAUAGUGAACCUGAUGAUGAAGAUUAGGAGUAUGCUAAACAACUAUGUGAGAAGAUAACUAAAUGUAUAAAUGAUCCUUAGGCAAUUGUCCCUUGUCUAAGAAGGAUAGACGAUUUAGUGAAUAGAAUUAUUGUUUAACCAAAUAAAGCUGAUUUGUGUUUCCUUGAUAAGGAUCCAAAGAAGUAGCAACAAAUUGCAGAAUAUAUAGACAGUUUCUUAUAAAAUUGCUUUCUUUUUGCUUAAAAUCAAUAGAGUUACGUAGAGUAAAUUCUAAAGGCUUUGGCUUAAUUAGCAAUUGUGAGAUGUUUAGAAAUUGGUCGGAGAUGCUUUUAAAUGGUGGUGGAAAUAGUGAGAAGUGGAACUGGUAUGGCAUUAAUAGCUAGGAACAUUAUUUAGAAAUAUAGCAUUCCUUUAUUGCAAUAAUAAAAGGAGUUAGAAUAUGUUCCUACAUUUGUCAUGGAAGGUAUUUUGAGAACUGUCGAAGAAAGAGAUGACGAGGAAAUGGUUCCAAUAAAGUUGGCUCAAUUUAAUUUUGUAGAUUGGCUGGAUUAGAUUAUGGCCAAUUAUAUGAAGGAUAUGGAUAACUUAAGAGAAGAACAACAAUAGAGAGAUGUUCUAUUUCUAAAUUUCAUGGCUUAGUUAGCAGAAUUUCAAAAGUUUGCAAAUGAAUAUCAUUAUAGAGGGAUCAUAUCUAAGAGCUUAGUUUUAUUCAAACUGUUAUUGAAAUCUGAAUUGGAUGAAUAAUACAUAGGCAUCUUGUAUUUGAUCAAUAAUUCAAUGAAAAGGAGUCAGAUAUGCACUAAGGAAGUAUUGGAGUCAAGAUAAACAGCGUGUAACUUUAUUAAGGAUGUGGAGGAUGAACUAAGGAAAUAUCUGUUUAUGUUUAAAAAGUUCAGAAAUUCCCUUUUAAAUCCUGAAACAAAAGAGAACAAGGAUACUAUCUUAUUGAGAUAUGAAAAAGUGGGGAUUCUCAUAUAGGUAUAUGGAACAAUAUGGAAAUCAGAUAACAUAGUAUAAUAAUAAAUAAAAGAGAGCUUUUUAGUGAAUGAAUUGUUAUAGAUGGCAACAAUUCCAGCAAUACAUCCGUAUUUAAUAAAUGCAGUAGCCAUUUAUAUUAGAAAGCUAUUGAAAAACAAAGUAAUUAAAGUAUAAUAACCUGGAGUGGAUAACAAUGAGAUUGUCAAAUACAUAUGUUUAAAAACUCAUAAUUGCGAAUUGCUAUUGCACUACUUAGGAGGAGACUACUAUGUUUUGAUGAUGAAACAGUUAGAUCCAACUAUCUAGAAAUUAACUAAAAACCUCAGUUCUUUACUGAAUGUAAAAGUGCAUGAGGUAUUUAGAAGUAUCAUUAAACUACUCAAAUUUUUCUCUAAGAAUGCCAUUGGGUAUGAUAGUCCAAUUUCUGAUAUUUGCAUGGAAGUAAGUAAGAAUUUAGAUAACAAUGGAAGAGAUGAAGCUUUAUUCAUUGUUUUAGCUACUCCUAGUGAUAUGGUCAGAUUGGCUGUAGUCUAAUGUCUAUUAACUAUUAAGGUUUCUUAAUUAGAUUCUAAGGAAAUUGGCAAAUUAGUUACACUCUUAGGUUCCUAUAGGAAUUUGGGUGCUGGUAAAACAGAAAGUGUGGUUGCUAAUAUUAUGAUGAUUUUGACAAAGAUUGUAGUUGGAGAGAAAUCAUCAUCCAGAGAAGAUUUUGUUACAGUGUUCAGUUAGAAUGCAACAUUAUAUGCCCUUGAUAUUUUAGAGAGAAAUCAAGAACGUGAUUUAUUAGAAUUAGGUGAAGACAAUUCAGAAUAUUAAGAGAAGGUCGAAUUAUCUUUUGGAACCAACAAUUUUUUGAAGUCAUUACAUUGUGAGCCAUUAUUAAGAGAGAAUCUGAAAGGACUCUACUAGGCUUAAUGUAUGAAGGUCUCACUUCUAAAUGAAGAUAGUUUGCUCACACCUGAAACCUUAGACAUUGAUAUUGAGAGAUCCUUUAUUGGUAAGUAAAAUACAUACCUGAUUUCAGUCUUAUUUAAUAGAGAUGCAUUGUUGCCUUACAAGAAGGUAUCUGAUAGAAUUUUGAUUAGAAUUGCAGAGAAUUUAGAAAUGAGACCGGAAGAUGAUGUAGAAGAUUUGAGUAAAGUCAAAAAUCCAGGUUUAUAUGAUUUUAAGGAAAUUCAAAAGAUUUGGAAGAAAACAGCUUUAGAUAGGAGAUCCAAAUAAACUGAAAUAUGGGAUGCUAUGAAAACUAGUGCAGAUCCAUUUCUAAUUGUUGAAAACCAAGAGGAUUCUGUUUAUCAUAUAAGUUAACAUCAAUUAUUCUACGAUUAGGAAGGAGCUAUAAACUUGUUGGGUUUCUUAGUUGGUCGAAAUUAGUCAGCUAAAUCCUUGUCUUUGAAAGAAUACUUUCUUGAAACCUUUGGAAACUAAUUGAUAUUCGAAAGAAUGCUUAAUUCAAUCAAUUUCUAUAUUCGUGAACAAGUUCAUGAGUACUGUGAUAGUUUAAAUAAACAGUAAGAGGUGAAAAAAUUAUCUACUACAAGAAUGAAUGAGAAAUUAACAACAAUAUUUCAAGGAUUACCAAUGCCUACAGAUCCAUUAAGAGGAUUCAUUAAAUAGAAACCCUAUUUUAAUCCAAAUAAGAUUAUUCAUUUCCCAAUGUUCACAAAGAAAGCAUUAAGUAUAACUUAGGAACACAUUACUUAUACUGGUAUUAAAUUUGAAGAAAGAACAAUUACUGUAUGUGCUUAUUUAAGAAUAGUUUAUGCCUUACUAGGUUAUUGUCCUUAGGAUCAAAAUAAACCAAAUGUUCAAAGAUAGAAAAUGGCUGAGUAAUUGGGAUAGAGAGCUGAAUAUAUUAGAGAGUUAACUUUAAUUUGCUAAUGGGCUGAUUGGCAUAAUGGGAAUAUAGGAGCCAAAUAUCUUAAAAUAAUGAAUGUAAUUUUAGAAUACUCUUUUUGUGCUAAAGAGAAGUCUUUUAUAAUAUCCUUCUUUGUUAUUGCCAAAGCAGUAAGAGAUAUGCUAGAUAUUAUCUCUGUUAAACUACAAAAUGAGGAUAAGUUCCCAUUGACUUAUGAUGAUUUGGUUUUGAUUAAAGAGACAUGUGAAUGCAUGAGCAAAAUUACAUCUAAUUUAACUAAAAUAUCAUAUGAAGAUAAAAUUAUGGAAACUUAUGAAAAAGAUUAUCUCGAAGAUUUCUAAAAAUUAAGAAUAGAAGAAAGAAAUUAAAUAGCUACACUUAUCAAUCGAUAAAUCGAUGAAUAUAUCUUACUUAAUUUGCUUCCAUUAUAAGGUUUUACAAUAUUCUUAGAAAUUAUUGUUUGGGAUAUGCAAUCAGAAAAAAGUCUCUUAGCAGCGGUAAGCUUAGAUGAAAAGUUCUUUAAAAUCAAAUCAUAGACAAGAUCCUCUUUGAUUAAACUAGUAGGUCUAUAUAUUGUAAAAUGUAAAAGCUUAAAAUUUUAGAUUCUAUCUGUGUUAACAAAAAUGGAAGUCUUUAACAAAAAAUUCAUAAGACAGUCAUUUAUUCAAGAAAUAUUAGAAGAUUUAUUUGCAUUCGAUUAUUAAUUAAAAUUACAAUCAGGUUUAUUAAAUAGAUCAAUCUUAAUUAAGAAUAAGGAUGACGAAGAGUAAUAAGGAAAUUAAAGACCUGAUUAUUAUGUUGAACAUUUUAUUAAAUGCUAUUAUCAAACACAAAAUGGCCUCAAUCUGCCUUCAUUAGUAGUAGUGACUUCUAAGUACUUUAUACUAUGUGAGGCAGAUGAGGAGAUCUCUAAGAAAGCUAAUCCUAAUAUUUAAUUUGAAAACCCAAAAUUAUUAAUGGAAUUUACUUCUCUUAAAUUGAUAUUCAAAAUUAAUAAAUCACAAAUCGAAGGCUGUUAUAAAAUGGAAGGCGAUCAAAGAAUUUGUGUUCUCUAUUCUGUAACUGAUUAGCCUCCUCCAUUCAAAGAUGAAGAUUCUUUAGAAGUAGCUAUCAUAUUCUUCCCUAAAAUAAUUUCAUUUAUGAAAUUUUAGAUAGCUUUGAAUAAUAUCAAGUUUUCUGAUGAUACAAUCAGUCAAGGUGCUUUGUUAUAUAUAAGUAAUGGUAUUUAACCAAGAUGUACAAUGUGGGCCGUUGUUAACCCUGAAAAACCAAUAUUUAGCAAAUUCAAAGAAUUUCACAAAAAAAGAAUGUUGAUCCACAAUGAUGGUACAUAAAUUCGAAUAUUCACUGAAAAUCUUGAAGAUUGGUUUUUCCUUAAGCCAGAUUUAAUGCUUGAACAAACAGUAAAUAAAAAAUAUGCAAAACUAACUUCAGAAACACAAAAGAAGCAAGCGAGUGAGCAAAACUAUUUCAAAUUGAAAGGAACAUAUGAUUUAAGUAAAAUGACAUUACUUGAGAUUGAUCAAACUUUACAUAAUUAAUUGAAUUUGUAAUUUGGAUCUUAAAAUGUUUUACGUCUACUUUUUGGAUGUGAUAGAGCAAGAGAAAUAUUUAAAUUUUCACUUUUAAAAUCAAUAGAAGUGAAGAAGUUCCAAAUUAAUAAUAUGAAAUGA